GACACAAAUUGGAGUCCAUUCAAAUCUAAACCAAAAUAAAUAAAAAUUAUUAAAAUUACAUAUGGUCAAUUUGAGUCCGACCCAAUAUCUAUUACAUAAAACAUGACAAUUAAAUCAAAUGAGCUAAACGAAUUCUCAUUCUUAUCCAACCCACCUCGAACAAAUUAAUUGGUAUUUUCAGUUUGACCCCUCCUCCCUCUUUCUUUUACCCUUUCGGUUUCCUGGAUGGGAAAAAAUCAAAGGUGGAAAAAUCUAGUCAAGGCGGUUGAGUGAUUUGCUGCGCGCACUAGUCUCGCCGACGUAAAACAAAUUAUACGAACCUGCUAAUUUAACAAAAGAAACGUGCAUGGCAAUUAUUAACAGAGACCGCGCCCCUAUAGGUUUCGUUCCAUCAUUAUAAGAUCCCUUCGGGACCUCGAAUUAGACCUUUUUGCCUUCUCUCUCAAAUUGCGUUCUUGAUCUCAUACAUUAUUACUUCGUCUUUCUUCCACCAAGAACGAGAGAGAGAGGAGCGCACAACAUUCGUUCAAUCUCUCGUUUUUUUCGGUGCUGAGUGUCGCUCAUUACAGCGGCUGCAACACUCGCGGGUUUCGAUUUCGAAACCUGCGAGUGGAGAGGAUGGUGAUCGACCUUUCGUUAGUGACAAGAGAGAAACUUAUUAGACAAAUCUUGGUUUUUUUUCUUCUUCUCUCCUCUCUCUCUCUCUCUCUCUCUCUCUCUCUCUCUCUCUCUCUUUUGUGAGAGAUUGAUUGACUAGUAGAGUAUACUAAUUCCAAGAAAUUUGAUUAGGUCCCUUGAUUAAUUAAACUCCCCGCCGACGGUUCAGUUGAUCUCGCCGGCGGCUGGAACGUGCAUGCAUGGCUUACAAUGAAGUUCGUUCCCUUUAAACUACGUUACGUGCAUGGCAUGGCUAGUUGGCUACUAUUAAUUCCUAUAAUAAUUAUGUAACCUAAGCAUCGUUUAUUUAUCUAAAUAAAACAUCUCAACCAAUUAUGUUUUGGUGGUUAUCACCAGAGAUUUACUUCGAUUUGAAGACGGAUUAACAUAUAUAUAUAAAAAAAAUUCAAGAGUUAUCCAAAUAGAAUUUUGAAUUCAGGAGAAAUAUUUUUCAUUGUGAAAAUAUAUAAAUAUUGUAGAAACCGUGACCUAAACCAAUACGUUAAACUCCUGACUACGUACCUCUCCCACCACAAUUCAAACUCUCUCCGAUCAUGGAAGAAGCCCUGUCGCCACCGUCCUCCCUCACCGAACUCACCCGUUCGUCGUCGGCGGAGAGCUUUUCACCUCUCCCGGCGACGGUGGAGCUUCGGCUUCCCAAGGACGAAGGCGGCGGGGAGCUGGAGGAGGAUGUCAAUUUCAUCGAUCACGAAUACUUCGACUCGUUCCCUCCCGGCUACCGGUUCAACCCGUACGACGACGAGCUCGUCGAGCACUACCUCGCCAGGAAGGUGCUCGGCCAGCCCGUCCCGUUGAACAAGAUCGUGGAGGUCAAUCUCUACAAGUACAACCCCGAGGAACUGGCCGAGAAGUACAGGAACUGCGGGGAGAAUGAGUGGUACUUCUUCACGCCGAGGGACAGGAAGUACAAGCACGGGAAGCGGCCCAACAGGGCGGCGGGAGACGGGUACUGGAAGGCGACCGGAGCGGACAAGCCGGUUAGGAAGGCGAGCGGGGCGAAGGUUGGGUACAAGAAGGCUCUGGUCUUCUACAGAGGGAAGCCGCCGAGAGGGAUCAAGACCAACUGGAUCAUGCACGAGUAUCGCGUCGAGGAGCAACCCGCGCCGCGUCCGCGAGCUGACAACGGCGGAGCCCAUGACAUGAGGUUGGAUGACUACGUGCUGUGCAGAAUUUACAAGAAAGUUGGCAAUGGCGGUCUUAGACGAACUCCUCGACAGAGGGAAUUAGACUUGGCAGGCGACUUCUCGCCCGACAAUGUUGAUGGUACUGCUGAUCAUGACGAGCCUCGGGAUGCUACGAUCGUUGGCCAGACCGUCCACGAUCCCCCAACGACCGUAGAUAAUUUGUCGAUGGUAACAACUCACUACGCUAACCAGACACAUAUGGAGAUGAAUGUCGGUCACUUCGGAAGAAUCCAUUAUCCUCUGCAACAAACAUUUGCUGACGAUGACUUGAGCCUAAUCGAAGACUUCUGGGGACCGUCGCAUGGACAGUUGAUCAGCUAUGAUCAUCAUCUCGAUGAUCAUGUUGUGGCCGUCGAUGACCACUUGACUAGCCAUCCACAACAGCACCACGGUGCUAGUAGUUCUCUUUCUCUUGCAAUGACAACAUGGGACAGCUCUGCUCCCAGCCUAACCUUUGGAGCUUGUGAUAUUACCAAGCUAAGUUCUACCUAUAUGUAAAUACUUAGGAAAACUCUCUCGGUUUUUUUUUUCCGGAUCGAUAUGGAUUAAUUUUUAACUAUGUUAUUAUUCGGCUUUGAUAUUUCGAUUUGAUUUCGUUUCUGCAUAAUGUCGGUUGUAAAGUCUCCUGUUUAGAAGAGAGCAAACUGGUUUUCUCAUUGACAUGUUGUGUUAUUGGUCUCGGGAAGAGAAAGAAAGCUCUCUACUAAUA